GUCGCCUCAUUGUUCGUGUAAUUUAUCGUCUGAGAUGUUUCUCUACUCCUCUUCUCGAGUUGAAUAAACUCUAGAUCUCGAAGAACACCCAAAACGAGGAUUCACGAAAAGCUCGAUUUCUCCAACACAUUCGGGAUAAUCCUUACUCUCUUCACCUGUCAUUUUACGAGAUGCCAUCAAGAAUAGCUGAAAUCCGGCUCGUAAGUUCGCAUCGUGAGGUCUACGAACCAUGUGAUGAUUCAUUUGCUCUAGUUGAUGCAUUACUCACUGAUCGAACCAACCUGAUAGAACAUAACCCCAAGAUUUGUAUGGAAAUCGGAUGUGGAAGCGGGUAUGUCAUAACAUCACUUAUCCUUCUCCUCAAAAACGAAGUUCCAGGUGUUCAUUAUCUAGCAACCGACACAAACCCGAUAGCUGCAAGAGUGACGAAUGAAACUCUAGAAGCACAUGGAGUCGAAGCUGAUGUUAUCUGCACGGAUAUAGCUUCUUGUUUAGAGAAUAGGCUUGCUGGCUCAGUAGAUGUGAUGGUUGUGAAUCCGCCUUAUGUUCCAACACCUGAAUACGAAGUUGGUAUGGAAGGUAUUGCCUCUGCUUGGGCCGGAGGAGAAAAUGGCCGGACCGUCAUCGACAAGAUCUUGCCUGUAGUUGAUCAUUUGCUUUCAGAGAAAGGUUGGUUCUACUUGGUGACAUUGACUUCAAAUCUCCCUGCUGAGAUCUGUCUGAUGAUGAGAAAGAAAGGUUAUGCGUUUAGAAUCGUGGUUCAGAGAUCGACAGACGAGGAGAAUCUUCUUAUUCUCAAGUUCUGGAGAGACAAAGAUGAGGAGAGUCUGGACAAGGAGGUCUUUAUGUCGCAGUUUUCACGGUCGUUUUCAUCGUUUAUGGAGAAUCAACGGCGAUGAUAACUGGAAACAUGGCUUGAGCUCAGAUGCAUUCUUUGUUUACCAUGUUGUAAACACUGCGUUAAGUCUUAACCGUGAAUAUUCUUGUGUUUAAUUUUUAUGAAAAUCCGGUUAUGUGUUGGUCUAGUCAUACCUAUGAUUUGAUUUAGUAAAGCUCGCCUGUAUAUUAUUUUUGAUUAGAGUUGAA